AUGCCUGCGCCUACCGCAUUGCAAAAGGCUGAGGAAGCCCCGCUCGACAACAAUGUCCAGCUCCCGGUCCAAGAUACCGAUGAGGACUUCCUGUUAGACGCGCCUGUUGAUUCAUCUGCCGAUGCGAAUGUCCUCGUGCCUGUGGAGGAGAGCAACGAAGAUGGUAUGCAGAUUGAUGAGGAGGGACGACCUCGAUUUGCGCCCGCCAGAGACAUCGAUCCCGUUACCAGAGUCGAGACGCGCAAGAUUCCUAUUCCUCCUCACCGAAUGACACCUCUGAAACAAUCAUGGACCUCUAUCUACCCGCCUCUGGUUGAGCACCUCAAGCUGCAAUGCCGAAUGAACAUUAAGCGAAAGACAGUCGAGUUGAGGUCAUCAAAGCAUACUACCGAGUCUGGAGCGCUGCAGAAGGGAGAGGAUUUCGUCAAGGCUUUCACCCUAGGCUUUGAUGUGGACGAUGCCAUCGCGCUGCUACGACUUGACGACCUUUACAUCCAGAGCUUUGAGAUCAAGGAUGUACGAACGAUGCAUGGUGACAGCCAAGCUCGUGCGAUUGGACGAAUUGCUGGAAAGGACGGAAAGACAAAGUUUGCCAUCGAGAAUGCCAGCAGAACACGUAUUAUUCUGGCCGACAGCAAGAUUCACAUCCUGGGUGGUUUCAAGAACAUUCACCUUGCUCGCGAGUCGGUCGUGAGUCUGAUUCUCGGAAAGCCACCCGGCAAGGUGUACGGCAACCUCCGAACGGUUGCGGCGAGAAUGAAGGAACGUUUCUAA